AUGUUGCGGUCGUCGUCAACUUGUCUUCACUGUAAAAGCAAGCCUAUCAGGCGGCGGGCAGCCGGACAAGGCUCAGAUAAUCCAUUUGCCCUUAGCAUGAACAGAAACAAACGCUACCAUAUGGCUGGGCUCCAGGUGCAACGCCUGGAGCAAGAAAAUGCAGCGCUUCGCGAGCUCGUUCGGCGCUUCCACAUCAAGCUGAAAGAAGAUCACCCGUGUAACCCGAGUAAGGUGCAGCCAGGCAAAGAUCCUUGCGCAGGGCGCUUGCACCAAAAGGCUGUUUCUUUGCCUUCCGUGUGGUCCUCGCCAGAGCCGCUCGCAGCCGCGAUGUUGCGGCCUUCGCGUCGGCGCCCGAGUUUGGUCCCGGCUCUGAACCUGUCGGACAUAUGGGAUUCCUCAGAGUAUGAGGAGGAGGAAGAGGAGGAAGCGGAUGACAAUGACGAUUCCGAGGUCCUCGAUGGCGAUGCGGGUAUGGCGGUCCUGGCGGCGUAA